GCAACUGUUCGUAGUGAGCACUCUCUGUAAUUUGGAAUCUUUAAUCGCUCUUUACUUUAGAUUUUGAUGACGUUCAAACUAACACAGGAUUCUCCUCACGAUGGACGAAGAAAACACUAAUAUUGUUGCCGAAAUUCGCAAGCUAAGGAAAAAGCUACGUCAGAUUGAAAAUUUGGAACGUUUGGACAGACCAUUAAAUCACGAAGAAAAUCUAAAGGUUGCCAAGAAGGGUGCUGUCCGCUCCCUCCUCCAAGAGAAGGUAAAAUUUGUUCAAGAAGUCAUCUCCACCACCCCUGAGACUUCAACCAGCACGCCAGACUCUGAAACCAAUCCCCCAGUCCCUAAGAACUCCCCUGACCCAACUCCAGAGGAAGACUCUGAGGGUGGUUGGGAGACCAAGAUGAAGAGAAGUCGUGAUCAUUUGGAGAGUGCUGAUAGUGAGGCAGUCGAUAAAAGACGAGAUGAGAGCACAAGCCCUGAGAAGAUGAAGAGAGUUAUGGAUGAUGGGAAGGUUGUGACAAGUAAGGGUGGAGGAGAUACCAAGACAACCACAAUACAGGGUUUAGGAGCAGGACAAUCUAAAAAAGCAUCUCAGAAAUCACCAGCAAAAGGUCAGUCUGCGCUGGAGAAGAAGAGAGAGAAAUGGUCAAGGAUGGUAUUCAGUGUCCAAGAUAUAGAUGGCCAUAAUGAUCUGAUCACCAGUGUAGAUUGCAAGGACAAUGUUAUUCUUUCUGGAAGUCGAGACACCACAGUGAAAGCCUGGAACGGUAGGACGGGUGAUGAGAGGUGUAGUCUUGGAGGUCAUAGCGGUGCUGUUACAUCUGUCUAUCUGCUUACCAGGGAGCAAAACCAAGCAUUAGCAAGUCAUUAUAAUUUUGAAGCCAAUACAACCUGCCAUCUUGCUCUCAGCUCAUCUAAAGACUGCACUGUGAGGCUCUGGGACUUAGACUCCUCCAAGGAGCUUCGAUCCAUUUACACAUUCAAUCCUGUGACAGCAAUGGUAUUUCUUAGUGACAUAUCUUGUGUAGUGACUGGAUCUGAUGGAGGAAAGGUUGAGAUGUGGGACGUUACCAAUGGUGAUAACCUCUUCUCUUCUUUAGCGCAUGAAGACCAUGUGACGUGUAUCAAGGUCAGAGGUCAGCAGGUGGUCACUGCAUCCAGUGAUGGGGUCAUCAAACUAUGGGAGUUGAGGGACACGUCGCUACAUGUCAUCUUUGAGUCAGAGAAUAUCCACAGCCAAUCAGGAACUCUGGUUCAACGACCAAUCAUGUCCUUGGGAUUGUCCGACACUGACAUCUACUAUGGUGACGAAGGAACAAACGUUAAAAUUUUGGAUUGGAAAAGAGGCAGCGUGAGGAAGCUGAGGAAUCACGUUGGUGAGUUUGGCAGCACCUACUCCAUGCUUCUCACCGAUGAUAUCACCAUGUUCUCAUCUUAUGACCUUGACAAUGGAGUUGGGGCUAUCAAUGUCUUCUCAGCACCUGACAAUCAUUACCUUGCCACACUCUGUGACCCAGAGACAAGCCAGAUUGAGUCCAUAUCUUGCCUCGACCAAUCAAAUCCAUCGAUGUGCUUCGUAACAGCAGGGCAGGAGCUGAGGAUAUGGCGUGCAUUGCCUAUCAACCAGCGCAGUUCAGCAGGUGCCAUCUCUGCGACCUUUGACCCUGCCCUCACGAUACCGGCGGACGAUUCUGAUGACGAGUCGAGUGAGUCCGAGCUGAGCGGAGAUGACGUGUUCAGUCGAGGUUCAAACAGAGGAUCGAACAGGAGAUCGAGGAGAAGAGGGAGCAUUGAUUCGGAACAUCAAGAUUCUUCCUCAUGGCUCUCAUGGUGUUCAUUAAUAUAAAAUCAUUGUGGUUUGGUCAUCUCUUCCUUGUCUCAAAUACUCAUAUUGGAAAUGGCAUUAUUGGGGUGGGGUAGCGUAGGAAGGAUGACAGGCGAUUUCACCCUCAUCCCAGCCUAUUUAAUCCCCAAAACUCCCAAAUGGAAUGCUUUCAUUUGGGUUCAACCGUCUUUUCUUGAGUCGCCCCAAGAUCUGCCACAGACAGUAUUGUUCUAACAAUACAGCAGAAUUAUGAUAGUUGCAUUCACGGCAUAAUAACUUGUGCAAAAUAUACAGCCCUUAAAAUGAAUGAAAUGGCACCCCCGGAAUCCAGUAUUCGCCCCAAUGUGAAUAUAAACGUAGCCCCCCCCCCCCCCCCCCGGAAUUAUUUCCUACCCUCGUGUGUGUGUGUGUGGGGGGGGGGGAGAGGGGGUUGAUAACACACUGUUUUGUUGACAUUGGUCAUAAAUGUGUGUACUUCAGAAUUAUGGAUGGCCAUAUGCUAUUUUCAUAUAUAAAGAGAUCUCAUAUAAUGCAUUCAUGAUAGGGAGUGGUAUUGACAACCUCGGUGUCAUUUUUAGUUUAAUAACGAGCUAGAUGCAGUUUAAAUGAAAUAGGAACAUAUAGGUGUAUUAACAUGAGCGAGCUGCUUUAGAAUGAUGCAUUAAUAUUACAUUUACUAAGUAAACUUCCAGCCAAUGUGUAGAUAGGUCACAGAUGAUUAAUCUGUUUGAUACACAUAGCAAUACCAGUAUUAUGUCCAAUAUAAAUGUAAUCUUAUCCUGAUUGCUGUUUUGAGAAGUAAGAUGAAAAAUUGGAAUGUAUUGUGCAAGUAUUUCUUUAUAGACUUUAUGUAAAUAUGGAUGUAAAUAGCUGCAAAGUUUAUCAAUUAUGAAAUUAUAUUAUUGGCUUGAGAGCAAGAAAGGAGUGUAAAGCUUUGAUGUCUAUCAAUAUUGAGGUGCAUCUUUUGAUGUUCAAUAUUCUUUAGCUAAAUUUGUGAGAUAUUUCCUAUUUUUGAGCAAGCGCCAUGAGCGCCCAGCUGAGGUGGAUACCGGCGCUAUACAAGAAACCAUCAUCAUUAAAUAUAUUUAUCAUUUCUUAUUUCCAGUGAUCUGGGGCCAAAUUCAUAUUACUUACAUCUCUGGUAACAGUCAGUCCGCAAGCCCCUGUGUUAAUGAGCAAAUGAGCAAGAUUUAUCCAAGUCCUCUCGUGGCUGAAUUCAUGUCCCUGCAAAAUCUCGUGAAUUGUGAGACUUUCUUUCUCAAAGAAUUUAACCACUUUCUCCUUGAGUAAUAUUGAUUAUUUUUGUACCAUGGGCAAGAGUAAAUGUUACCCUUUUAUAUUGGUCAUUUCUUUUGAAUGAAAUAUUUUGAUAAAUAAGUGAAUUUUUCACCUGAAAAGAUGCAUCAAACAGAAUUUUCUUCAUCUGUUUUCACUUGCAAAUUGUGCAACAUUUUGUGUUUUAGGCACCAACAUUAUUUAUAUCAUCAGAAAGCUCAAACUCUGUACUUUCUUACAAUGUCACUCGUGAUAUGUGGCAUCUUUUAGAUGGGUCAGCAGCCAGUUAUUUCCAUCAAGAUGCAAGACGAGAUUUCUGAAAUUUCUGAGUAACAUAAAAUCCAGAGUUCUGAUUGGCUGAAUAUUGUUUUCAAAACAAACAGGCGCGAGUAAUUUGAAGAGAUUACCACAUGGUGAGUGUGACCUUGCAGAGGCCCAGUGUGGGGAACAUUGGAAUUUGCGUGGGUGUGUGGUCUAUGACCAAUCAGAGCGCAGUAUUCUUGUUUUUGAGCUGCAAAAUGUACUUGGCCUAUGAAAAGCUGGCUGCUGACCCAUCUAACAUACAUCUUCUUAUAAAAAUUAUAUCAUAUUAAAGCUUAGAUCUUCAGCUUUAUCAUGAUUUAAAAAUCAUUUGUGCCUAAACAGAAAUUAAGUGUGAAAACAACAACUUUUGUUGCAUGAAAACCAUUAUUUCAUGUUUUAGAUCAAAAGUUUCCCCUAUAUUACAACAUUCUUUUAAAAAUCCAAACACAUGACCUAAAAGAAAGAUUCUUCUUCUUUACAAAGAUACCAAAAACAUGAAAUUUUGUCAAUAUUUAGAGCAGCAAUGGCCGAAUAAAAAGAGGUGUUUUGGUUCGCACCAAGCUCAUUAACUAUGCAAAAACCCUCUUGUCAUGAAUAUCACUUGGAUAAAAGAAGCUACUUUUUCAGGGCUUGCGGACUGACUGUAACAUUGUCAUUGUAACUACCAUGGAAACCUUGAAUGUGAUUGGCUUCUGAGCCAUGUUACCAUUCCUUCAUUGAAAAAAUAAUGGUAAAAGUUGUAACUAUAUGAAUUAGGCCCCUGCCCCCCUGGAUGUGUUUGUAUUUCCGAAUUUCAGCUGAAGUUUGACAUUUUUCCAGACAUUUACACAGAACUUAGUCUAUAAGUGUAUGAACACUGACCAAGAAUCUUCAUUCAAAAUACAUUGUUUGACAGACUACACAAUUUUGAUUUGAGGGGCAUUUACUCUUUCGGCUAUGUUCAUCUAGCGCUGCGCAGUGGCUGCUGGGCCCAUGAUCAAUUGGCCAAAACGAAUUUUUAGAGCGUUUCUAUAUCAGAUUUAUAUAUCGAAUGAGAAAAAUAUGGAUAUGGAAAUAUAUAAAUACCAUUGUUUCUUUCUUUAAUAGGUCAUCAUUUUCAGAUCUCCCUACAUUUGAAAUAAUAAAAGUAAUAAGUUUCAUUAUCUGUCGUAUUUUUCCCCUUUGUGUUCCUUUGGAAUUACAAGUACGUCUUCCCAAAUCUUAUCUCUUGUGACCAAAUUAACCUGUUUGAAUAAGGGCAACAUUUCACUUUGAAGAAGUGAAUAACACACAUGCUGUGUGUAUAAAUGUGGCCAGAAAAAUUGCUUUGACUUGAUCAUUUUCAGCUUGUGACAUCACAAUGGGUUAUCGCGUUGGGUCGAGCGAAUCCUGACCUUAAUUCCAAAAACGUUGGGUCCAGUUUACCUGACCAUUUGAGAAUUUGGCUAUAAUUUUCACAAAACAUCGGGUAAAUUGGUCCCGACCUGUCAGGAAUUUAGGGGGGGGGGCCUUUUCUCAAAUGGGCGGGUAAACUGGACCCCAUGUGGUGGGAAUUUAGGCGGUCCCUUUCUCGAAUGGUCGAGUUAUGCGAUUACCGACCUGUCACGAUAACCCUAUGAUUUUGUGAUUCAUAGGAGGUUGAACUACAUGAAGACUUUAUUUUCCAUAUGAAUUCUAUUCUGUAAUUCCCUCCGAGAAUUAUUAAAUUCAGAAUUUUUUUUUUGAAAAUGCCCCCUCUAAUUACAGUACUUUGAAUAAGGCAUUUUAAAAUGUCAUUGUGUAUUCAAUUGUCUUUAUAUGGAUAUAUUAUAUUGGUGUUUUGUAGACCAAAUUAGCAUUCUGUCUUAUUUGCGCUGAAAAUGUGCCGUGAAAUGUGCCAUCAUUUAUAAUCAUUGUAAAUUAUGAAAUAUAUUAAAUAUCGAAUGUGCAA